AUGCGUUACUUUGUCGAAGAACUUGCACAAUGGUUUGAUUCCUGCGAUAUCGCCAAGCAUUUUGCUCUUGUAGCCCCUUGCCGUGCAGCCAGUUGCCCAGCACUUCUCUAUGCAAUAUUUUCCGCAUCUGCGAGACAUCUUAGUCAGUGCCAAAAUGCCAACAAGAACAAAAAUACCGCAAAGCGAAAGGACAGACCUGUUAUUGCAGCCGAAGUCGCAUUAGAAUAUCAAAGUUUGUGUAUUUCCCAUUUGAUGUCACUAUCGGGAGACACAAGGGAAGUUCAAGACGAAAAUUUGUUGGCAGCUGCUGUGAUACUUCGAUUUUACGAGGAACUGGAUGCACCGCUCAAUGGAGUGGAUGAUGAGACAUACUUACGCGGCACACAAGUGUUUCUUGAAGCUCAAUCCGAGAUGGCGGUCAAAGGCCAUGGCAUCCAAACCGCUGCUUUAUGGGUGGGAUUCCGCCAGGAAUUUCAUACCGCGUUCAUAAAACAGCGAGCCUUCCGUUUCGACCUGACGUGCUAUGAUAAUUCACCAUACCGAACACUCGAAACGGCAGAUGACUUCACAUGGGCCAACCGAGUGAUUCUGCAUUGUGCAGAGACUCUGGUGUAUUGCUAUGGUGAUGAAAGUCACGAUCCGGAUCGAUAUGACCAGCUUUGGGAAUAUAACCAAAACUGGUACGCUUGUAAACCGCAGACCUUUAACCCUAUCUAUUUCAAAGAACCCAACCCAUCAAAAAAGGAGAUCUUUCCUCAAAUAUGGUACCUGGGUGAUUGUCAGGGUAUGAUUAUUGAUGCCAAUAUUAGACCACGAAGGAUUGUCAUUGACGCUGCUCUGAUCAACAAUUUAGUGACUGCAAUCCAGCACUGGCACCUUGCGCGAAUUCUCCUUAUUGCCUUUGAUCCAAAGGCGCCUCGGAUAGGUCCCAACCAGAAACGUGCAGCCGCCAAUAGUGAGGUGAGAGAUACGGCUCAAAUAGUAAAAGAAGAAUACUCACCAAAAGCUCAGGCUGAAAUAAAGACUAACGUAUUCCGUCUCUGUGGUAUCGCAUGGUCCAAUGAGACAGCCCCGGGGUUAAUCACUGCAUGUAUGGGUAUUUCGAUGUGCGGAGAUAGAUUUACAGAUAGACUGGAACAAGAAGCUUUGCUGGAUAUCUUGAUCAAAACGGAGGAAAUACAUGCCCUUUCCACGGGAAAGGCACAAAGAGAGCUUAGAGAAAGUUGGGAUUAA